UGUGGUUGGAGACAGCGGCCCAGGGGCUUCGGCCGCUGGUGGGGGUCAUCACGGUUGCUGAGGGCAGCAGAGCGGCCUCCAAACCAGCCCAAAGGGGAUGGUGCCGGGGAGGGGCCGCAGGGCAGGGGGUCUGACGGGCACCUGCGCGUUACCUCCCUCUCCCUGCGUCUUUGUGCGUUUCGCUGCCUUUCGCGAUAAACGUCCUUCCGAGAAAUUCCGAGGGGAUCUCAGCCAAGCAGAGGGGGAAGGGAUCCUGGCCGCGCCUGGGGAGACCGAAGGGCACCGCUGCCCGCGCCGCCCGGAGCUCCGGAGUGCAGACGCCAGGGAUGUGAGUGCGCCCCCGACCCAGGCCCGCGCUCCACGCCCCGACCCGCGGCCUGCGCCCCAAAGGACCCCCGCCCACAGUCCCCGCGCCUUCCCGAGGCCAGCCUGGAGCAUGUUGCCCGCAGCCAUGAAGGGCCUCUGCCUGCUGCUGCUGGCCGCUCUGCUGUACUCUGCGCCUGUUCAUGGCCUGUGGUGCCAGGACUGCACGCUGACCACCAACUCCAGCCACUGCACCCCAAGGCGGUGCCAACCAUCGGACACGGUGUGUGCUAGCGUCCGGAUCACCGACCCCAGCAGCAGCAGGAAGGAUCAUUCUGUGAACAAGAUGUGUGCCUCAUCCUGCGACUUCGUCAAGCGACACUUUUUCUCAGACUAUCUGAUGGGCUUCAUUAACUCUGGGAUCUUAAAAGUGGACGUGGACUGCUGUGAGAAGGAUUUGUGUAACAGGGUGUUGGGACCGGGAGGCAGCCCCUGGGUCCUGGCUGGGGGGCUCCUGCUCAGCCUGGGGCCUGCCCUCCUCUGGGCUGGGCCCUGAGGUCCCCUCUCCUGGGCAGGGCCUGGUGUUGCCCCCUCCACAGCUGGGCCUGGCUCGGUGGUCUGUGGCCCUCACUCCUUCCCGAGACAUGGGUCUUCCCUGUCUCUCCACCAGCUCCGAGUCCCAGCCAGCAGAACAUCUCCAGAAAACCAGGCUUUAGGCAGAAGGCCUAGGGGUGCGGGUGGGGGGCUGGGACCCCCAGAUCUCUGAGGGGUAGCUGGGCUGAGCCAGGCCAAGCCCAGCAGCCUGGCUGUGAGGACAUUGUCUACAAGAAAUAAAGUCACUUCUGAGUUCAGA